AUCUGCUCGAACGCGUGCAACGAUGUGGAUAUUGAAUUGGCUCUGUUGUCUUCUUAUAGUCUCUUGUGUAUUUGUAUUUGCUCCAGUAUUGUUGCUAGGAGUGUUCGCUAGGUAUGCUAUUAGGCGCAAGUCUGCCCGUCUCUUGCAAGAGUUGAAGAGUUCCGAGUCCGGGGAAUUUAGUAAGAGACGGCUGGUAGUCGGCUUCUUUCAUCCUUACUGCAAUGCCGGUGGAGGAGGAGAGCGCGUUCUUUGGUGUAUGUUGCGCGCCCUGCAGACGCGGUAUAGCUUUAUAAAGUGUGUUGUGUUCACUGGAGAUACAGACGCAAUGGAGAGUGACAUACUGAGUAGGGCCCGGAAGCAAUUCAAUGUCCAUUUGAAGGAUAAUGUUCAUUUUAUAUACCUCAAAAGGAGACGCUGGGUGGAAGCAACAAUGUGGCCUUAUUUAACUCUUCUUGGUCAGAGUUUUGGUUCUCUAGUACUUGGCCUGGAAGCACUCUGGUCACUUGCACCUGAUGUUUACAUUGAUACUAUGGGAUAUGCGUUCACGAUGCCGUUAUUCAAGCUGCUGGGUGGCUGCCGAGUUGGCUGCUAUGUGCAUUAUCCAACUGUGAGUACUGACAUGUUGAGUCAAGUGCAGCGAAGGCAGCCAGGAUACAAUAAUAAUAAAAUGAUUGCUCAGAGUGGAAUUCUUAGCUAUGCCAAGGUGUUGUAUUACAAGAUGUUUGCGUUCUUGUAUAUGCUGGCUGGUAAAUGCUCUGAUGUAAUACUGGUGAAUUCAAGUUGGACUCAUGAGCACAUUGUAUCAUUAUGGAAACGGUCUGAUGAGACUUUUGUUGUUUAUCCUCCAUGUGAUACAAAAUCAUUUUGUGAGAAUCCACUGUUCGAUUCACCAUCUGUCACAGGGUACUUUGACAUUGUUUCCGUAGCUCAAUUUCGUCCUGAGAAAGACCAUAAAAAACAGUUGGAAGCUUUCCACAAAUUUUAUAAAAAACUAUCAGGAAAAAUGAAAAAAACUGUUCGUCUAAUCCUUGUUGGAAGCUGUCGUGAUAAGGCGGACACUGAUCGUUUAGAUGAUCUCCGUCAAUUAGCUGAUGACUUGGGAAUUCACCCUGCAGUGUCAUUUAAAGAGAAUGUGUCGUUUGAUGACCUGAAGCAAAUCCUUUGUUCAGCUACUAUUGGUCUUCACACUAUGUGGAAUGAGCAUUUUGGUAUUGGUGUAGUUGAGUGUAUGGCUGCUGGUGCUAUUAUAUUGGCUCAUAACUCUGGAGGUCCAAAAUUGGAUAUUGUUAUAAAGUGGCAAGAGAAGCCCACUGGAUUCUUGGCACACGAUGCACAAAGCUAUGCAGAAAAAAUGAGACGUAUUUAUGACAUGAAACCUCAGGAAAGGUUGGAAAUGAAACAACGUGCAAGAGCAUCAGUUGAGCAUCGCUUUUCGGAAGAAACAUUUGAAGCAAGUGUAGUUAGACGGACUGAACGGUUAUUUGCCUGGUAACUUCGGGAUCAGGCAAUGCUAUGUUGUGUACUCUUCUUACUUUCCAAGGCAGUUGAUCUGUUUCCCUGGUCAUUUGUAUUAACAAAGUUUGAAUCCAAUGUGACGUAACUAACAACAUACACUAUAGUUUACUAUCUAUUUAUACAAGGAAUGAUAGAAUUUGAU